GUCGACAUUCGUCCGCUGUCAAACAAAACAGUGCGAGAAUUUCGUCGUACGCCGGAUUCGAAGCGGUAUCGAAUUUAGACCCCGUUUUCCAGCAGUAAAAUCCCUUAAAAUGCCGUAUGCCAACCAGCCUUCGGUGAACAUCACGGAGCUGACGGACGAGAAUGUGAAAUUCGUUGUGGAGGACACCGAUUUGAGCGUCACCAACAGCCUCCGGCGGGUGUUCAUUGCGGAAACGCCAACGCUGGCCAUCGAUUGGGUUCAGCUGGAAUCGAAUACCACCGUGCUGGCGGACGAGUUUCUUGCCCACCGAGUCGGUUUGAUUCCGCUGAUUUCCGACGAAGUCGUCGAGCGAAUGCAGUAUAGCAGGGACUGCACUUGUUUGGAUUUCUGCACCGAGUGCAGCGUCGAGUUCACGCUGGAUGUUAAGUGCAACGACGAACACACCAGGCACGUCACGACAGCGGAUUUGAAAUCGAGCGAUCCACGCGUGCUUCCGGUCACAUCCCGGCAUCGGGAUGACGAGGAUAACGAAUACGGCGAGGGCACGGAUGAAAUUCUGAUCAUCAAGCUUCGGAAGGGUCAGGAACUGAAAUUGCGAGCCUACGCCAAGAAGGGAUUCGGAAAGGAGCACGCCAAGUGGAACCCGACAUGUGGCGUGUGCUUCGAGUACGAUCCGGACAACUCGAUGCGUCACACUUUGUUCCCGAAGCCGGACGAGUGGCCCAAAUCGGAACACACCGAGCUGGAGGACGACAAGUACGAGGCGGAUUUCAACUGGGAGGCCAAGCCGAACAAGUUUUUCUUCAACGUGGAAUCGUCCGGGGCUCUGAAGCCGGAGAACAUUGUCAUGAUGGGUGUUCAGGUGUUGAAGAAUAAACUUUCCAACUUGCAGACGCAGCUCAGCCACGAGCAGCAGACUGAUGCUCUGGCUAUUUAGAGACCCUUUAACAGUAAGAUAAUAUCCUGGGACUAAGUAAAGUAUUGUAAAAUAAAA